AUGCCACGUAAGCUACGUAAGAAUAUACGUAAGAGGAAGGGAGCAUUGAAACAUCCAAUAGUAAAACUGACACCACAACAACAGUUGCAACAACAAAUUAUGAAUGACCCCACUAUGUUGCAACAAAUGUCAAGCAACCCUAUGCUUUUAAACCGAGUUAUUGGUGCACAGAGUGGAGGUUUAAGAGCGGCACUUUUAGCGAAAAUGGCAGGCUAUGGUGGAGCUGCAGACGGAACAGCUUAUAACCCUCAAAGUCAAAUGAAUUUGAGUUCACUCAAAAAUCAAAUAACAGAUGUCAAAAAGUCAAACAUAGACAUACAGAAACAAAUAAGUGAAAACGAAAAGAAACUAGAAUAUGACAGACACACAAAGAAACUCAAUGAGUUAAACGUAGAGAAAAAGAAGAAAGAAGAACAACUGAAAGAACUAAGUACAGAGGAAUAUGCGAAAAAAGUGUCAGAAAAAGCAGCAGAAGUAGCAAAAAUGGAACAAGAUGUUAUAAAUUUGAAAAACCAUACUACUCAAUAUAAAGUACUGAAAGAUGAAGAAUAA